AUGGACGAGGACGUGCGGAAGCUAGGGGAGUACGACACUGUAGCUUUCAAGACGGUUACUGCUACCGCUUCCAGCUUCGUGCUUGGCUCGAUAGCCGGCGCCAUCGCCGCCACGUGGAGCGACGUGCCGGCGGUGGAGCGCAACGUGGCGAUGCCGGCGCUGAUGAAGACGGGGCGCAUGAUGGGGCGCUACGGCGUCGCCUUCGCCGCCGUCGGCACGGCCUUCGCCGCCGCCGACGCUAUCGCGCAGGAGUCGCGCGGCACUAAGGACAUCUGGAACGGCGUUAUUGGCGGGCUGGCUGCGGGCGCCGUCGUCGGCGUGCAAGCCAACAGCCUGCCAUUAGCAGCAGGAGCAUGUGCGUCACUGGCAGCCGUAUCUGCCAUCAUCGAUGCAAGUGGCCAAGCAACCCGUGUCCCCACCGGCCGCGAGUACCUUCCCUUCUCGGCACCUCCUCCCAGCAGCUCCACCUAA